CUCCACUCACAGACCCAAAAAACAACUACAUGAGGCGAAAAAGCCAGCGUAGCUAACGCCUAACUUCCCCGCCAGAGGGCGGGAAGCAAGCCCACGUGAGAAAGAAAGAAAGUUUAGUGUAGCUGAAAUUCAAAAUGGAGGAAGUUCAAAAGCAUUCGGUACAUACAUUAGUAUUUCGUUCAUUAAAAAGAACACAUGAUAUGUUCCUGUCUGAUCAAGCCAAUCCUCCACCAAAUGAUGAAAAAAGUGAAGCAUUUAAGUUAAGUAUUAAAGGCAGAGAUGAAUACGGUCCAGUUAUGCAUCUUGUUAAAAAUAAUCCAGGAAGACAAAUUGAUGAUGAUAUGAGAAAAAGUGAUGAUGAUUCAUCUACAAAAAAUUCAAAUGAUCGAAACCAAGAAAUGAGAAUAAGUUCAGAAUUAGACAUGCAGCCAAUGUAUGAUAAUGAAGCACCACCACCUGGUGUAGAUGAUUUUUAUGUUCCUCCAAUUCUUCCUCCAGCUGGAAAUACUCCAAAUACACAAGCUAUUGUACUAGCAGGACAACAACAACAACAAACUAUUAUACCUAAGAGAGCUCCUGCACUAUUGAAACCUCAAUGGCAUCCACCAUGGAAAUUGUAUAGGGUUAUAAGUGGUCAUUUAGGAUGGGUUCGAUGUUUAGCUGUUGAGCCAGGUAAUGAAUGGUUUGCAACAGGAUCCAACGAUAGAAUGAUAAAAAUUUGGGACUUAGCAAGUGGAAAAUUGAAGCUUUCUCUCACUGGUCAUAUCAGUGCUGUGAGAGGAUUAGCAAUAAGUCCCAGGCAACCAUAUUUAUUUUCUUGUGGUGAAGAUAAGCAAGUGAAGUGUUGGGAUUUGGAGUAUAAUAAGGUAAUUAGACAUUAUCAUGGUCAUUUGAGUGGAGUCUAUGCAUUAGCACUUCAUCCGACAAUUGAUAUUCUUGUAAGUGGGGGAAGAGAUGCUACAGCAAGAGUAAGUUGA